AUGAUAUUCAACAGUUUGGUAUUAAAAAAGUUAAUUUUUCAACUUGUUAGUGAAGUUUCGGGUUGGAAUGGAAGAGUACAUUAUAGAUGGAAUGAUGUUAAAGUUCAACCUUGUGUUCUUGCAGCACACAACUAUCAGACAUUGUUAAAAGAGUAUUUAACUACAGCAAACAACGAUGGAAGUCUAAGUCAGAGCAAUAUUAAGAUGCUACAGGCUGCUGUGAGAAGUGGCGGUGUAGAGUCGUUUAGCUAUCUAUUAUAUUAUCUCUCGAUAGACGAUGCAAAGAAGCAUUCGAAGCUGCUCGAUAGUCUGCUGAUACAGAUGUCGAAAUACGGUAGAUCCGAGCUGAUUCACUAUCUAUUGAAGAAAUAUGGUGAGGAGAAGUCGACAUGGGAUUACUACGGUGCAAUGGUAUUCGCGCCGCAUUCUGGUGACCUUGGUAUUCUACAGUUCUUUGUCAACCUCGAGAAUAAUAAGAGCAUUGUUAACUACAGUAGAAACAUCAACACAGCUUGUUCCAAUGUUUUCGAUACCGCUGCAUCACUUGGCCGAAUCGAUAUGAUAGAAUAUCUGUCAGAGAAUAGGAAACAGGAUUUGGGAAAUAGCGAUAUGUUUGAAUGGACAAUAAAGAGUGGACAGCUUGACGCGUUUCACUAUCUCUUGGCAAAACAUAGAGAUCUGUUCGAUCCGGAAGGAGGUGAUUAUCUGCGAACUGCUUUACUCUACCAGCAAGUAGAGAUCACAAGGUUGUUACUUCAGCAACCCGAGUGUAGAUGUCCAAAGAAUCUCAUUGACUUGAUGGCAUCCUAUGGAUAUCUACAUAUGGUGAUGUUACUCCACGAAGUUACAAACACCGGAUGUACAAAGAUGGCAAUGAGCAAAGCAAUUGAAAAAGGCUACCUCGACACUGUUAAAUAUCUUCAUUCAAAUAGGACAGAAGGAUUUAACACCCAGGCAAUGGAUGUUUCAGUGGAGAAUAAACAUUUAGAAACACUAAAGUGGAUUCAUGCCAAUAGAACUGAGCGUUGUAGAAGCAAUAUAAUAUCACAUGUUUUUAAAGAUGGCCGAAUCGAUUUAAAUAUUCUAAAGCUACUCGUUAGGAAUAGAUAUAGUUUUCCAAAUGAAGUAAAAGAUUGGGUAACAAACUGUUAUGGUUCCAAAAUUAUUGAUUGGUUAAACGAUGAUAGUGAUAUAACAAAAACCAACUCUUUUAAAAAUUUUAAUUAA